AUGGCGACCUCUCAGCGCUCCCGUGUCUUCUUUGACAUCAAGAUUGGCCAACAAGAUGCUGGUCGCAUUGCAUUUGAACUGUUUGACGAUGUUGUUCCUAAGACCGCCGACAACUUCCGUGCUCUGUGUACCGGAGAGAAGGGUAUCGGCAAGCAGGGCAAGCCAUUGACCUACAAAGGCUCGAUUUUCCACCGUGUGAUUAAGCAAUUCAUGAUCCAGGGUGGUGACUUCACUGCUUUCAACGGUACCGGCGGCGAGUCCAUCUAUGGUGAGAAGUUCCCCGAUGAGAACUUCGAGCUGAAGCAUGACCGUCCCUUCCUGCUCUCCAUGGCCAACUCCGGUCCCGGCACAAACGGCAGCCAAUUCUUCGUGACCACCGUCCCUACUCCCCAUCUCGAUAACAAGCACGUCGUGUUCGGUGAAGUGAUCAACGGCAAAAGCAUUGUUCGCAAGAUCGAGAACAUGGCGACCGCCUCCGACAAGCCCAAGACCGACGUCACUGUUGUGAACUGUGGUGAGCUCAAGGGUGAAGACUACGAGAAUGCCACCAAGCGCAUUCAGGAUGCCACCGGCGACCCAUACGAGGACUUCCCCGAGGACCACCAGACCGAGGAGUUGACCGCGCCAGUCGCAUUCAAGAUUGCCUCAGAUCUGAAGGGCUUCGGUAACGCUGCCUUCAAGAGCGGCGAUCUGAACCUGGGUAUCGAGAAAUAUCAGAAGGGUCUCCGAUACCUCAAUGAGUUCCCCGAGACCGGUGAUGAGGAGGACAAGGAGGUGGCCGAGCAGAUGAAGUCUCUGCGAUUUACCUUGCACUCCAACUCAUCUCUUCUGGCUAACAAGGUUGGAAACUUCCAAGACGCUCAGAAGUGGGCCGGAUAUGCUCUCCAAAUCGCCGAUUCUGCCAAGGCUAAGGAGGCCGACAAGGCCAAGGCGUACUACCGUCGUGCUGUUGCCUUGAUUGGCCAGAAGGAGGAGGAUUCGGCCCUCAAGGAUCUCCAGGAGGCACUCAAGCUCGCCCCCAAUGAUGCGGCCAUCACCAACGAGAUCAACAAGGUCAAGAAGGCUGUUAAGGACCGUGAGGCCAAGGAUCGCAAGGCUGCUCAGAAGUUCUUCUCUUAG